AUGAGAAAGCCGCAUGUCAAGACCAUCUGCCCACAUCCACUGGAUCCAAAGCCAAAUAUGCUGGAGCUGCACAAUGAAUCCAAAAUAAGGUCCUUGUGCUCCUUCUCCAUCAAAUCUCGUGGACAGGACUCUGCUUUUAAGCUAAGUCCUCACUCUCUAACACUAUGCUUCGCUCUGCUCCUAAGCUCCCUAAACCUUACUCUGCUCCUGCUGUUCCUCGCUUGGCGUCUUCAGCUCACAUCUCUGACUGACUCUUGGUUCACUCGUCUUCCGUGCGUUCGUAAAGUUCCCAGACGCACUCCUACUUCUAAGUCUAAGUCUAACUCUGUCCCUAUUGUCCCGCAGUCCGAGCCCACCCCUGCCAUCCCUGGACCUUCCUCGCACCGGGCGGUGUCUGAGACGGCCCAGCACAAGCGCAAAAGGUCACGUGAGCCGAACGCCAAACAUCCACCCAAAAAGCACAAGUCUUGUUAA